AAUAACAUUUCAGCGUACAAUAAAUAAUGGCCGUGAGCGGAGAAGAGAGAUGACAAAUUCGCGCGUCACGCGUAACAAUAUAAAGUCGCGAGUGUUCUUAUUAUUGUCGCGUUUUCUCGAACGGGAACAAGCACUACUUCCGCGCGACGCCGCGUUCCGUUCGCUUUUGAUAUCGAGAUCGGCGCGAGAAUUGAAAGCGCCUUACGUCAAGCUGCCGUUGCAUCGUGGACACUGAAUUUGUCCCUCUGCGCGAUUGCUCACCGAACAAAGGAGAAUGCAGCCCGCGACAGGAGAACGAUGUGAACGUUCAGCGUGUCAACCGUAACCUAUGAAUCGUCCUUUUAAUCAAGUCUCCUUCGUAUCGCACGUCGUCUCGCGCGGGCAGCGACAAAUUACGUUUAUCCGGUGAAACGACAAAUUUCUAUUAGCGGCCGUCAGAUUUCCGUGCGAGUGAAAAAUUAUGGAGCUUAGGUGAGAGAGCAGCCGGAUAUACACGAUAUGAAUAUUCCCAGCAUCGCGAGCGAGAGAACGGUUCCAGAAUCAUCCCGAAAAAUUCCACCCGAAAUGCAAUCAUGCAGAUUAAACGAUUCGGAAAGCAGACCGAACGUCACGCUGAAAAGUAUUGUUGCCUGUCAAUGUGAAUUUUUUCUCGUUCGUAGUUCUAGCGUUGUACGUAGCAUGACCUUUCCGUCAAUGCACGAGUAUGUGGUCAGUCACGAAAAGGUUGCAAGAAAGUAAAGAUAGAAGGUCGUGAGAAGUCAGACACACAGGUGUUCUAUAGUGCCGUUAAUAAUAUCAUUAUCAAUAUUAUUAUGGGAAGAUAAAAUUGUCUAUGUAUCGUCUAUAUAAUCGUAUAUCGCGAAUGUACUGACGUUUUUUUGGAUAAAAAUGUGAAGACAGCCUGCAAUCAAUCAAUAAAUAGCCAUAAAAUGAACGUGAUGAUAUUGUGAAAAAAUGUGGUGAGAUGAAAAAUUAUGUAUUGAUGGAAGGGAUAAUGUUAUAUCAGGAGGAAGAGUUCGUCUCCAAAUAUUUAUUUUUGGAUUUUUACGUUAGGUCGCGUUCAGAAUUUGUAUUCCAGCUUUUCGGAUGAUGUUGCAUUUCUAAAUAUGUUUUAACACGAUCGAAAAAAUUUCCGAUUGAGAACUGAGUCAUUGAUUCCGCUUAGAAAUCGGACAGGAGUUGGACAUGGCGGAAACGAAAUGCCUCACGUUAAAGUCCGAAUUAGAUUACGUGAUGGAUGUCUGCCGGAAAGGGCAAAUGGAAGCGAGAGGGAGCAAAGGAACAUCCGAUACUCCGCAUGAACAAAUGAUACCGUUGUCCAAAGGCUCCAGAUCCUCCGUCGAAUAUCGUAAUUGUAAAUUCGAGUUCGCAGCUACCGAUGAAACUCCAACAGACUGUAACAGACCUCCGAAAGCUUCGUAACGUUGAACGCUGAAGGCCGACGAAAAUUCAGACAACGUUCUUUGCUAAGCAGCUUGUACAUCUAAAUAUUUAUAUUUCCGUAGAUACUGCUCUGAAUCUAAAAUCCGCGCGAUUUUCGCCCAGAAGAAACACCAAUGGCGACGAUGUCGCUAAAUGCGAAAUUUUGAACGAGGAAACGCAAAAAGGAGUAUUAAACGUCACGAUUACACCGAAGACCCAGUUAGAUAAGAUGCUUCCUCCCGCGAUAACGACAGUGCCAGUUCAGAAUAAAACUAUGGAAGCGAGUACGAGCAGAGAAUACAAACGGCCGCUCUCCUCCUACCCGGAACACGUGCACGAAUAUUUACAAUCUAUGCUGAGCGUCGAAGGCUCCGUCGAGGGAUUAAUAUCGAAAACGGACGAAGACUAUUUCGGUGCGGUACCGAGUUGCGUGAGAGAGGAUGAACUGGAAUUGAAUCUAGACACGUCGGAGGAUACAGAAGCCAGACAAGCGGCGAACAAGUGUAGACACGCGUCGGGAACGCCAAGGAACGAAAUAAAUUCCACCUGCAAGACGGACGAAGCCGCACCGAAGAUUCGGAAGAAGAGAGGAAAAUUACGGAGUUCCGUCUCCAGGAGCACGGUUACGACCAAGGACACGUGUCUCUUAGGCAGGAAGGAAGCGAAGAGACGCAGGAACCGAGGUCGUGGCGUUGCUCGUCAACAGUCCGCCUUGCUGAAGGCGAGAAAGUCCAAUGAAGUCGUGGAAAUUUUUCAUAACACUGCGUUAAAGAGCAGCAACUCCAGAGUCUCCGCCAAGUAUUCUAAACUUGGCCGCGGGGCGAAGCAUGCGAAGAAGCAGAACCCUGCUGAAACGGUUACUCAGAAGACGAGAGAGAAAUUGUAUUCUGAACGUUUUGAACACGUUACUCGUGGACAUCAAUUCCGCAGUAAUGAAAAGCAGAGUCUUGAGACUGCGUUGAGUAAUCGUAAAAAUAAUCCGAGAGUAACAGCCGACAGUAUUCAGGAGCAAAAUAAAUCGGGAAAGCGGUUGAACGAUCUCUCUCCUGAAACGUUAAAUCGCGAAAGCAAUCCAAGUCCUAGAGUAACAGCCGACAGCAGCGAUCAAAAGCAACGUGACUCGGAGAAGCGUCCGGACGAUUCACUGAUGCGGCGCAAGACGUAUCAACGCGAGCACACUGCGUGCAGCGGGUUUAACGCUCCGAUGUCUACUCAUAAUUACGAGAUGCCGACUGUAGCUUCGAAGUUGAAGCGCUCGAGUAGGUCGUACUUCGGCAGGUUCAACUUCCGCAAUAUACCGUUCGUGGUGAGCACCUCGGUGACUCCGAGUCAUAAUCUCGGGCUGAACAUUCAACAAGUUCUGAGCAUAAUGAAGACGAGGCAAUCGACCGACAUCGCUCCUUUCUUCAUACGAAAAGUUAGCAGAAGUGCGAGACCAGUGUCGACAUUUCUGGAGCAGAUGAGCGUGCGGUGCGUCAAGUCGAUUUUCGACCUCGAGUCAUCGACGACCGGCCGGCUCCACGACAAGGAGAGCUCGAACGUCAAGCGAGACGGCGGAUCGUCCGUGUUUGAGCUGCGACACGUGGGAAAGGUGCAGAGCGUUCACACGGCGGGAUCCAGCGUCGCGCGAACGAUUCCCGGGUUGUUUUGCGAGGAGAAGGGCGAUUUUUGCGAGGAAUACAGAAUGAAGCAACGGCGCUCUCUCGUUGCGAACAGGAGGAGCAGCACGCUGGCGUACGCGAGAAAUCAGCAGCGAAUCUCGCGAGUGUCGCUGAGCAAGGAGGAGGACAUUGGCGAUCAUAAAAUGCACAUCACCGACUCGCAUCAUUCCAAGGAGAUACACGAUGUUCUGGUUAAUCUUCGCGAUCAAUUCGAAGAGAUGAACACGCGAUACGAGAAAUUGCAGUCGGAAGUGGAAAAUUCCGACGACGCGACUCUACCGGGAGAACUGUCCACCUUGGAGAAGGAGCUGCACGUGAAGGAAGAGGAAAUCGUCGCCGUUAUCGAUCUCUACAAAGAAGUGAGAGUUGUUAUGAAUAUAUAUACAUUCGCGGUACGCGAUGCGUUUCGCAGAACGGGAUUAUCUCGAACGAUAACGCGCGAACAGGUGACGUCGCUGAAGCAGCAGAUGAAGGUGUUGCGCGAGAAGAGCAGUCUCGUUUGCAUAGGGACCGAUUCCGUAGGACCGCAGAGAAAUCCUUUCCCUAUCGUGUCGCUCGCGCCUGGAAAGUCUCGCUUCCUGACGAACGCUACGCAAAUCUUCGGCCGAAGAGGAGGAUCCAGCGUUUACGGCGCGGCGCGAGAGCCGCCCGCUUCUGUACAGCUUACCGCGCUGCUACGGCAGAUUCAAACCUUCCACAAGCAGCUGCAGCUGGUAUCGUAACGUCGGGAAGAACGAGAGAGACUGCGGAGGAGUCGAUCCGCCGCCAAAAGUUAAUUUCGUCAGUUCAACAACAUGUCGAUAAUAGCGCCGGAAUUUUCUUUACUUGCGGUAUAGAGUGGUAUAGAGUGAAGUCACGCCUGAAGCGUGACUAAUUCACCUGUUCAAUAUCGCCCACGAAUAUCGUUCGCGGAGAAUGUUAUCAGCAAAGCUUGAAAUAAUGUAAGAGUUACACUAUUUGGACGUAUUUAUUUGAUCUCCGAAUCUAUCAAGCAUAUUUCAAGGUGGACGGUUUUUUUUUUUUUUAACGGAUCUGCGAAGUACUCGUCGAAAUUUUGCGCGGCUGGUUUUUUGCAAAAUGGUAGGAGGCUUUUUCGUUCACCCAAACUACAAGUAUAUGACAGAUGUCUUACUUAAUAACGGACACCCUGUAUAUAUUCUGAAUAUACGCGAUAGCGCGUACCCAGACGAAUCCUUGAUGCAUUCGUACAGAGAAAAAUGAAACCGUAAUACUCACUUCAACUUUGUCCGAUAACAUUUUUCCCUGUCAAUAUCUCUGAGAGAUGCUCACCUGUCGCGCUUUGCGCGCCUCGCACUGUACGAUGGCGGACGUCAAGAUCGAGAUACGAUUUCCUCGAACGCGUUUCGAGAACGCAGACACCGACGUACAACGGAAGCAUUCGCGUUCUCGAGAGAAAUUCUCGGAAGAUACAUUUUUUUAAUUAACGUCACCUGUGUUCCGGAAACGGUGUCGAGGGGAGAAGUGGUGUCGGCCUUCGUGACAUCGACGUCAUCGUGCAGCAGGCUCUCUCACCGCUCCUUUCGUGCCCGAUCGUUGCGCUUAGCGCUUCAUUGGAUUCUUCAACGAGCUCAAGUCGCGGAUAGAUCUCGGCGGAGGAGGGCAUGCCGAGUCGUUUCUUCCUCUCUCUCUCUCUCUCUCUUUCUCUCUCUCUGUUCCGCAUAGAUACGGUGGAUUCGCACAUUCACUUCUCACGACCGCCGCCGGGGAUCGAUUUGGACAUAAGGUGUGCUGACGAAAUAAACGAACAUUUCUUCUAGCAGAUCAUACUCCAUUUUAUUUCGAUUCUGCGUGCUACCUCAUAUAAUGUGUGUAAUAUUCGUUCGUAUGCAUGUGUACGAUUGUAUGUAUCUAUGUAUGCGCAGCUGCCUGUAUUUAUACAUAUAAUGUGUAUAUGUAUAUA